UUAUUUUUUCCGCUUUUCUCAAUUUCUAUACGUAAUUAUUGUCUGUAAUUAACGCAUAACCAGUUAGGGAAACCAGCGAGUUAUAUGGUGCCGAUGUCAGUUUUUUUACGUGUUAGGAGCGAAGGAUCAUGCAUAUAAAUUUGUGCUUUUUAUUGUGUUCAGGUCGAUUUGAUUUUUGUUCUCCGGUGGCGUCUCCGUGGGCGCUAUAUUUUCUAAUUUUUGUUUGAGUUUUUGGUUUUCGGUUGUGGAUAACAUGGAAGGAGGAGAGAGCUUGCUAGACACGCUUUUUGAUGAGGAAAUUGUUGAUGAUGGGCAAGAUGUUGAAAUGCUUGAUAUUGAAGAGGGUGAGCUAACUGAACAGAUCUCAAACACUGAAGUAGGAGAAAGUUGUGAUGUAGGUAAUGAUCAAGAAAAUCAAGAAUCUAACAGGAGGAUUUCGAGACAAAAGAAGAGGAAAAAGAAAAACAAGCGAAAGAGAGGCAGCAGUGCUGGCCCAAAUAUAACUAAUAUAAACAGAUUCGUCUUGGAUGCAUGCAAGCGUUUGAGAGAGAAAAAAUCAUAUCUUAUGUGGACUGCUGUUGGUUGUCUGGGUGUCUCAGCUUUGAGUGAUCUUGUGAAAGAGGUUGAUGCAAUUCAGGCCUGUGGAGGUCAGAAGACAGCUGAUGGCAGCCGUUUCCGGAGUGGUGGUGGCAUAUUAUGGAAUAUCAUCAAAGUACGUGAUCCUAAUGCUUACAAAGAGAUAAUGAGAAAAGGAAAAGAGUUUGAGAAGCAAUUCAAGCAGCAACUUCACGGUAAGCAAGAACCUAAGCAACAGGCAGAAGCUUCCUCACCAAGCAUCACUCUUGAUGCCAAUCAGGCUAAGUCUAAUAUAUCAGAUUGUUUGGAGCUUACAUGUCAUGAUCGGAGUCAGCACGAACUUAUGGCUGCUCCACAGAAACGUGCGUCUGUUCAUGAGAGAAUACGAAUGCCGGUUACAUAUGAUGAUUUGCCUGGGGGAGAGGAUCCCAAAGAUGAAUUAGGUUCACUCAAAUGAAUUGGUGGCCUGGUAUUUUGGGAACGUAAAAGAGCUGUUUUUGCCUUUGACCUGAACAUUCGCGAGUGUGGGUGUAUUUUUCCUUCUUCUUCUUUGUUUUUCCUUUUUUUUUUGAUUGGGGGGAGGAGGAGGUCGCAAUACAUCCUUCAACAUUAUCACGAGGAUCUUGCGUUUGUUUUGAUGCAAAGUUUGAGUCAAUUGGUUCAAAUGGCUGGGCUGUAGUCGAGUAAUGCCUUUUUUCUUAGCAAGUGCUGUAGAGUAAUGAUCAGAAUGAUGUCCAAGUUUUGUUACUUGAAAUUGGUGCUUCAGAUUUGAAAUGCACUACAAAAGCAGGUUUUAUGUGUUUGCAUUUUGUCAAA